CAAUACGCGCCGUUCAAGUGACGGGACCAGGGAGAGAAAACUGACCUUCUUCUUUGCUUCGUCGCUUGACCUAAGUCAAGCGAGGAGCACCUUGAUGAUUUUGGCCUGCUGUCGUUAAUUUUUCCACGGCUGCGAUCGUGUACCGUUCCUGAACCAUGCCCACCACGCGGGAUAUCCCCUCACUGCAGGAGCUGAAGGUGGACGAGAUUACUGUGUCAUCUGCAGUGCUGAAAGCUGCUGCCCACCAUUAUGGCUCUCAGUGUGACAAGCCCAACAAGGAGUUCAUGCUGUGCCGUUGGGAAGAGAAAGACCCCAGAAAGUGUCUAGAAGAAGGGAGGAAGGUCAAUGAGUGUGCACUCAACUUCUUCAGACAAAUCAAGGGGAACUGUGCGGAGCCCUUCACGGAGUACUGGACCUGUCUGGAUUACACCAACCUGGCGGAACUGCGUCACUGCCGUAAACAGCAGCAAGCAUUCGACAGCUGCGUUCUUGACAAACUUGGUUGGGAGAGACCUGAACUGGGAGAUCUUUCAAAAGUGACCAAAGUGUCGACUGACAGGCCCUUACCAGAAAACCCCUACCACUCUAGAGCUCGUCCUGAGCCGAACCCCGUCAUCGAGGGGAAGCUGGAGCCUGCCAAAUACGGCAGCAGGCUAUUCUUCUGGAGCUGGUGAUUAAAGCUCGUCUGAAUAAACC